GCCUCCUCCAGAAGCCCCGCCCACCCCCGAGCCCCGAGCGCUCCGUGCACCUGGGGACCAUCCGCCCUGGCUCCGCUGCGCGAGCUCCUCGCCCGUACCCCGGCGCCACGCUCAGGGACCGGCAAUGCUCCGCAGGCUGGGCUGGCUGGUCUCGUACAGCCUGGCUGUGCUGUUGCUCGGCUGCCUGCUCUUCCUGAGGAAGGAGGCCAAGCCCGCAGGAGACCCCACGGCCCACCAGCCGUUCUGGGCUCCCCCAGCACCCCGUCACAGCCGGUGUCCACCCAAUCACACAGUGGCUAGCGCUUCUCUGUCCCUGCCUAGCCGUCACCGCCUCUUCUUGACAUAUCGCCACUGCCGAAAUUUCUCUAUCUUGCUGGAGCCUUCAGGCUGUUCCAAGGAUACCUUCUUGCUCCUGGCCAUCAAGUCACAGCCUGGUCACGUGGAGCGCCGUGCAGCUAUCCGCAGCACGUGGGGCAGGGCUGGGGGCUGGGCUAAGGGCCCGCAGCUGAAGCUGGUGUUCCUCCUGGGGGUGGCAGGACCCGCUCCCCCAGCCCAGCUGCUGGCCUAUGAGAGUAGGGAGUUUGAUGACAUCCUCCAGUGGGACUUCACUGAGGACUUCUUCAACCUGACGCUCAAGGAGCUGCACCUGCAGCGCUGGGUGGUGUCUGCCUGCCCCCAGGCCCACUUCAUGCUAAAGGGAGAUGAUGAUGUCUUUGUCCACGUUCCCAAUGUGUUAGAGUUCCUGGAUGGCUGGGACGCGGCCCAGGACCUCCUGGUGGGAGAUGUCAUCCGCCAAGCCCUGCCCAACAGGAACACGAAGGUCAAAUAUUUCAUCCCCCUCUCAAUGUACAGAGCCACCCACUACCCACCCUAUGCUGGUGGGGGAGGAUAUGUCAUGUCCAGAGCCACCGUGCGGCGCCUCCAGGCUACCAUGGAAGAGGCUGAACUCUUCCCCAUUGAUGACGUCUUUGUGGGUAUGUGCCUGAGGAGGCUGGGGCUGAGCCCCAUGCACCAUGCUGGCUUCAAGACAUUUGGAAUCCAGCGGCCCCUGGACCCCUUAGACCCCUGCCUGUAUAGGGGGCUCCUGCUGGUGCACCGCCUCAGCCCCCUGGAGAUGUGGACCAUGUGGGCACUGGUGACAGAUGAGGGGCUCAAGUGUGCAGCUGUCCCCAUACCCCAGCGCUGAAGGGUGGGUUGGGCAACAGCCUGAGAGCGGACUCUGUUGAUUCUCUAUCACGGUGAGAAAAUGAUCCCUGCUGGUCUACAGAAAAUGCAACUUGGUUUUUGUAACUCUCCUCACCUUGUUAGCUCUGAUUAAAAACAUGCAACCUGGCUAGCUUGUCUAGCAUAUGUUGAAUGGGAGCCAAAGGGUAGCAAAUGCUGCCAGGAACCUGUGGGGGAUUCCUGGAGCCACCUGCGGCGCUGCCAGUCUGGGGCCUGAAGGAAGGAGGCUGUAUAGGACGCCAGGAGAGAGACGCAUUUUCUCUUUUAGAUGCAAACAAAAUCUUACUCUUCUCCUUUGGAUACAAUAGAGAAAAACAAAGGAAAGAAAGGAACAAGAGGCCUGUGUUGAGAGUCCUGUUGAGAGCACCAGGUAAACAUUUCGCAUCCCUUCCCUUAGUAGUCGUCCGUCUUUUCACUCCUUGGCCUGAGCUGUCCUCACAGGGCAGUGAGGGCAGAUCAGAGAACACAUUAGAAAGACUUAAAAGCAAAUCGUACAAACUGGACAGGUUCCCCGCUCCCCGCCAAAACUCGCAUCCCAACAGAGGGAACAAGUACUAAAUCAUUUUUGACAAUGUAAAUAAUACUGAAAACAGGUUAAACAGCUGCUGAACUUAAGGGCAUGACAAAAAGGAUUCCUCUCUCUGACCCAGGUCAGCAAAAUGCUUUGGGAGUGAGGUGAAAAAAUGGGUGGGUAAGAGCAGCUGUACAGAGUGGGGUGAAAUGUUAAACAAGGUACAGUGCCCAAGGGCUGAGAACCAGGUCCAGUGCAAGCCUGAGACCACAGGAGGCACUCAGAGCUCACAAAGGCGUCUCGCCUGAUUGGCCAGAGCAGGACCUGCCACCUCUUCUCGGUGUAGACACUCAUGCCAACCCUGGGCAGGAUGGCAUCUGCCCCUGCUUUCUCCACUGAGUGGGGAGACACGGCAGUGGACUCUGGCCCUCAAUCCUCACGCAGGUAGGCCUCCUGCUCCAGCUCAGCCGGCUCCUCCCCUUCCUCCUGUGUUUUCUGACGGAGCUCUUCUAUCUGUGCUUCUGCCAGCUUGGUUUCUGCUUUCCGGGAGAGCUGGUGCACCUCGUCCACCUGCAGUUUCACCAGCUGAAUGUGAUUCCUGGCGGUUAUAGAGGCCUGAUCUGCGCCUGCCAAAACAUGGGACAAUCGGGUUGAGCAGUCGUGCAGGGCAGAAGGCUCACGUGGACGUCGGCCUGGGGGUGCUGUGGCUGUCAUUUGAACCCCUCCUGGGGUCAUUUUCCUUGACCUCUGCAAAGGAACUUCCACCUCUGUGUUCAGGUCUGGAUUUAACCGAUACUGUCAAAAACAGUAUUUUUCUUCAGCUAUCAGCGGCCAACACAAUUAUUAACUCUCACAAUCAUCUUUAUAGCUACACAGCUUUUAGUACAGACCUUUGAUGAAUUUUUUUAACUACACAUCAUCCAUUUCUUUUUGACACAGAGAUCACGAAUACCAUCGCCAAAGAUCCCUUUC